AUGUCCUUCUUAGCAAGCUCAAAAAGUGUCUUAAAGACAAACUCUAGGUGUUUUUUAUUAAAUCCAAAUUCUAUUUUAUUGAGUAAACAUAUUAAGAAUAAUGGAAUCCGUACUUAUUACUCUGUUUCAAAUGACGUAAAAAAAUCUGAUCACUUAGAACCUUUAUUAUACGGCAAGGAUUCCGCUCAAUAUAGAAUAUUAGAAGAUGCUGUUCAAAAUUCAGUACCAACUUUUGGGUUCACUGAAAGAGCUAUUAUUAAUUCAAUUAAUAAAUUAGGCUAUAAUUCAUCUAUGAUUUCAGUUCUUGGUUCUUCAAACACUCAUAACAUAUUACAUUCUUCUCCUGCGGUAUUGGAAUUAUUAAAGUUCAAUUUGGUUUCUAAAAGGUUAAAAUUAUCUGAAGGAAUUGAUCCAGAGACAAAAGAUUUACCAUCCUUAGAAUACUUAUUAUUAAAGAGAUUACAAAUGGAUAAAGCUAUCCAAUCAAGACUAAAUGAAAUGAUAACGAAAUUAUCGAUUCCAGGCACAUUUUUAGCUGAAACAUCUAUCCCUGAGUUAUUUAGACUAUCUGAUGAUAUGAUUUAUUUUUCAAAUGAAAAAGAUCAUCAUGAUAUGGCUUGGUACUCUAAAAGAUUAGCUGUUUCUACUACAUAUAUAGCCUCUCAAAUAUUCAUGGCUCAAGAUACUUCUGUUGAUUGCUAUAAGACUUUAGAAUUUGCCCAAGAUAAAUUAAAUAAGGUAAUGAAUUUAGGUGAAUAUUAUAACAAUACAGAAGAAUUUUUAUGGUUCACUUUAAUGACAAGUGUUAACAUUGUUAAAUCACAGCUUGCUAGAAGUUGA